UUAUGUGAGACAGGUCGUAGUGAAGGCACGAUUGAACCACCCUUCUUUUUAUACCAAGUAAAUUGUGAUUUAUUUGCAAUAAACUCAUAUAAAAUAGAGAUGUUAGCUUGUGAUUCACCAAUCAACUUCAGUGCCCUCAAAGAAAGUUUCUCACGAUUUAGAACCGAGGUAUACCCCGAGGCUAGAGACCUGAGCAAAUACUCCAGGAUGUACACAGAAGGUGACGCCAAGGACAAAACCAACAAACGCAGCUCCCCGCCGCCCUCUCAUGGACCGGCGCCCCUCUCCCUCACCCACGGCUCCGAGGCGCCCCCCGCGCCCUGUAGCGAACAGCUCCCCCCGGCCUCUGCGGCCCAAGCCCACUCGGGGCAUAGCUCCCCCCAGCAGUCGCCAUCUUCACUGUCGCCCCACUCAGGGAGCCAUCAGUACAGAUCCGAGCCGCAGAGCCAACCCCCGGCCCACCAACCCACUGCCCAUCCAGCCCACCAACAGCCAGCCCACCAACAGCCGGCCCACCAACAGCCGGCACAGCGGUAUAAAGAUUCCGAAAACCCUGAAACACAACACAACAGUGAUUCUGAUUCCUCCAGCGUUAUGGGCCUUGAUGGAAAUAGAAGGUUCCGGGAAUUCGUGCCCGACGAGCAGAAAGACAACCUGUACUGGGAGAAGAGACGUAAAAACAACGAGGCGGCCCGGAAGUCACGAGAGAAGCGCCGGAUGCACGACAUGGUCCUAGAGGGCCGCAUCAACAGUCUCGAGGACGACAACACCAAGCUGCGCCGAGAGCUGCUUGCGCUCAAGAAAAAAUUCCUGCCCGACAGCUUUUCGCAGGAACCCCCGGAAGAGGACACUUCCCGUAGUAUGAACGAUUCGCCUCCCCCGGCGCCCAAUCAGCUGUCGCCACAUAUCAACCCCAGCAGCCACGCCCCACACGUGACCCUGCCGUACAACUCCCCGCCCCCUCUGUUGUCCGUAGCAGGCGCCAUGCAGAUGGGAGUCGCCAUGUACUCUAACAACACCCGGCCCUAUUUCCUGCCGGAGCCUUCUCGCCACGAAACGGGGAUGAAGCCGUCACCGUUACCACCCGCCCACGCCCACCAUCUCCUGCACCACCACCACCAACACCCCAGCCAGAACCACCAGCAGGCCUACAAUCUUGAGAUGCUCAAACACGACCCCAUAGAAGAAGGCGAGAUCCGCCCGCGGGAGAGAAGCAACAGCAACAUUGAACGUCGACCCAACUUCCCUCUUGAACCUCCAGACGCCUCUCUCCUCCGCCGGGCCAGCGUCGGCAACUACGCCCAGUACCGGUCUCCUCUAAGCCCAAACAACUCUCAGCUCAACCACCACCACUACCCCAACUCCCCGGCCAACCCCAGCCACUACCUCCCGCGUUGCUAUGACAACGUCUCCCACUGGGCCCAGCGCUCGCCCCUCUCCAGCCACAGCAGUGACGACAACUACGACGAGCCGCUGCAGCUGACGGUCCGACGCGACAGCAACAUCAGCGCCAACAGCCACAACGCUCAAGACGACAGCAGCAUGGACUCGGAGCAAAGCGCCACCCCCUGCGACAAACUCCCGUCAUCCAUCAGCCCGCCCGCCUCCUCCUUCCCCCUGAAACUCCGCCACAAACUUCCUCAACACGACGUCACCUACGCCAAAGAUUUAUUCCCCAACCUGGCCUCGGCGGCAGCCGUCACCCCUUCAUCCUACACCCCUCACCCUUUCAUGAAUGGACUCGCCCACCUCUCCGACAUGGCCCUCACCCAACCCAACCCUCUCUCCCUCGUCAAAUCCGACAGCCCGUCAAUAUACCGCCACCGGAAAGAACGCGUCGGAUCUCGUCGGAACCCGACGGACACGAAAUACCUGGACCCAAAAUAUUUAGAACGCCGUCGUAGGAACAACGAGGCGGCUCGCAAAUGUCGGGAGAACCGAAAAACUUUGACCAAAAUCCGCGAAGCCAAGUCCGACUACCUGGAGACGGAGAACAGCAAGUUGAGGGAUGAGCUGAACAGCCUGCAGGAGGAGAUGAAACAGCUGAGGGAGCUCAUCGAGAAGAAGCGUCUGGAACAAGGCAUCAAAGAGGAACCCAGCUCGGAGUCGUGAAGGCUUUCUAGAACUGCAGGGCCAUAAACUGUUCCAAAAUAAAAAGUGGUGGUUGUAUCUUUAGCAGUACCAGAAAAGUGGUAUUUAUCAUUAACUGCUUCAGAAAAGUGGUAUUUAUCAUUAACUACUUCAGAAAAGUGGUAUUUAUCAUUAACUGCUUCAGAAAAGUGGUAUUUAUCAUUAACUGCUUCAGAAAAGUGGUAGUUAUCAUUAACUGCUUCAGAAAAGUGGUAUUUAUCAUUGGCUGUUCCAGAAAAGUGGGAUUUGUUCUAAAGAUGCGUGUGUGAAGUUAAACUCAAGAAACUAUUGGUACAAGCCACUAUGAAACAUUGAUAUUUAUCGUUGAAAUCUGGCUAAUACGUAGCAGAGCACUGAGGUUCUCUCAGAGUCGUGACAAUGAAUUUUGACAAUUAGAAUUGUGAGAUUAGAACGGUGGUGUUGUUGAGAAAUAGCUACACACCAUUGAGGUGAUCUGGACUUUAUGUUAAACCACUGCCAACUCGUGUGUCAGAACAUUGCCAAAGUGUGUACAUGACUUGAGCACGGCCAAAGUGUGUACAUGUGUAAGCAGUGUACAUGUGUAAACACUGCCAAAUGUAUGAAGAAUUAAACUGGCUUGUGUUGAUGACGCAUGUGUUUACGCUAGAUCUAUGAACGUUAAUUUGCUUGAUAUUCAGUCAGCCAAUAGCUGGUCUGCUUGCUGUUAUUAUUGUAGUUGUCUUGAAACAAGUCGUCUGAUGUUGCUACUAUAAACAGCCAGUACUGCUCCCUUAGCUGGCCUUAGCAUAGACACCCCUACUCCUCUACCACCCUGCUCCUCUACCAUGGACACCCCUCUACCAUGGACACCCCUACUCCUCUGCCACGGACACCCCUCUACCAUUGACACUCCUACUCUGCUCCCCUCCCAUCUAAUUGCUCUUGACAUCAUUCUUUCAAAUUCUUGCCGAGACUUGUUGUAGAGUCUUACCUUAAAGUCUUACAUUACAUCUUACCUUAAAGUCUUACCUUAAAGUCUUACAUUACACCUUAACUCUAACAUGACAUGAGCUGGCACUUUACUUGACCAAUCAACCAUCUGACCAAUCGAUUACAUGUCCAUUCACCAAUGUCCAGUUUCCACAUAUGCUCGUCCAUUCACCAUAACCAUGCUAAAAAUAGUAUGUUUGUAUUCCGUUUUUUUCAUUAUAAAACUGAAAUAUUUUCCAAAAGUGCUUUUUGUACUAUACUGAUGAUAUAAUCAGAUGAUAUUUUGCUCUCUGGGACCUAAUUAAAUUGUAAUUACUGUACAUAUUUUAAAAGCAAAGUGCUCAUCAUUUUAUAAAUUACUCUAAAAUCUAAUUUUAAUUAUUGGAUUAUUAUUGCGCUAUUACAACGUAAUGAUUAGUUAGUAGGCCAUUAAAACCCAUGAAUAAAUGUACGAAGUGGUAUAAAAUAAAAUACCAAACUAUAUUUAAAUAUUUUAUUAUUGCAUGUUGUCAUUGUGUUUAAUUGUAUAUUAAUUAAGUCAACGUUACAAUCUGUUUAUUUUAAAAUUGUUGUGAAAAAAACGUUAUAGAAUUGGCCUUGGGAGAUGUACCAUUUUAACAGUACACUGAAUUCCCGAUACAUGUUUUGAAUUCCCGAUAAAUUUCUAAUUUUAUCGCUGGUGUUUUUAUAGGUGAGUUGUGUUCAGCCUCUUGAUAUAGAUUGUGACUGUGUUAAUUUUGCCAAGUUAGCAGAACUUGGGGCGGUGAUGCUGGCAACAAUCAUAAAACAAUCAUCUGCUAGUGAUUGACAAGGAUUGCAUCAGUGUAGCCGAAUAAACUGUAGCAUAAUAUUUAAUUUUUUGAGCUAAUUUUUUGUAUGUAUACAACUUGUUUGAAGUUCAUAUCAAAGCAUAAUUGUUUGUUGUAAAUGAUAUAGCGGGUAGUUGAAUGUAGAGGGGGUAGUUUGAAGUGACACGUGAACAAUGACACGUGAUCGACUAUAUGUGUUGAAUGUGGAAGAAGAUGAUUGGUUGAAAAGUUUAUGUGAAAAUCACAUCACAUGUUUGUUGAUAAAUUCUACGGGUUGAUGAAGAUCACAUUUUGAUGUGUUUACAAAAAUUGCUAAAUUUAUUGGAAAUUGUGUGAAUAAAAAUUGAUG